CAACGUCAGCCGGUGUUAUUCACAGCAUCACCUAAUAUCGUGUUUAUGUCACUCCGUGUUAUGUUAUGGUUGUCCAGUCAACAAGUAACACGUGCAUUGUAUUUCUAAUCUAAUCUGUGCUGGAUUAUUUUGUCCCUAGCUAGCUAGAUGCAUCAACAGGGUUUGUUGACUGCUAUUGUGGUUUUUAAAGACAGGAUUUUAAACAUUCAAUCAGCACGCUUUUCACGGACCCCGUAGGCAACUAACAGCUCAAAUUUAAGAUAGCAACAGUGCAGCUCUUGCCCUGCCUCACCAGACAUGCUACUAGCACUUUAUUAGCAACCUAGCCGUGUGGACAUUCUGCCGUCGGGCUAACGUUUACUAGCUAGCCAGGCUACAUUACCACAACAAUGGACGACUCUGGUAUUAAGAAGCAGAACUGGGACGUGAAGGAGACGGAGUUAUUUCUGGAAAUCCUAAAGGAGCUGGACAUGAAGAAAUGCUUAGACGGGAGGAAAGUGAGGAAUAACAAACUCUUUAAGGUGGCACACAGGAGAAUGACAGCGGCCGGUUAUAACAGAUCUGUGGACCAAUUAAAAUUUCGCUGGAAACUUCUCAAAAGUGCGUAUUACAAGUGCAAGAGGGAACCCGACUCCCCGGCACCUACCAAAAUACAAGGUUGGUGGCGGUAUGAAAAGACAAUGAUAGCUAUCAUGGAGUCCAGACACCCCUUGGUCGCAGCUGGGGUCAACUCUGACAGGAAUGAUGAAGUGACAGAAGACUCUGAUGGAGAAGCAUCAAUGCUGCACUGGCCGCAGCCCUGCCCCGACAAUACCACCCAGAACCUGGGUUUAAUUAUCAAAAUGGACCCUGAGAUGGACUCUCAGCUGAAGAUUGGUUUUAUUGGUGCAGGGAACAUGGCUUUCGGCAUCGCAAAGGGCAUUUUGUCUGGAAACGUUCUUCCUGUAAAUGUAAAAGUGAGCGCACCGUCCUCCAGGAACCUCGGACGCUUUCAGGAGCUCGGGAUUGCCGUCACUCAUUCGAACAUUGAGGUGGUCUGUGGGUCAGAUGUUGUCUUUGUUGCAGUCAAACCCCACCUGGUUCCACUAGUUCUCAAUGAGAUCUCCCUACACGUCACUGACCGACACAUUAUUGUGUCUGUUGCAGCAGGAGUAACACUGGCAACAUUGGAAGAGCUCUUGCCAGAGAAUUCAGUCGCCAUCAGGCUGAUGCCAAAUCUCCCGUGUUUGGUUCAGGAGGGGGCUCUCCUGUUUGCACGAGGAUCCCAUGCAAAACAGGAGGAUGGAGCUCUCCUCCGCUCCUUGUUGCACCGCUGUGGUUUGGUGGAGGAGGGACCUGAGGCCUGGAUCGACAUCCACACUGGACUGAGCGGGAGCGGAGUCGCUUUUGUGUAUCUGUUUGCUGAAGCGCUGGCAGAAGGAGCUGUGAAGAUGGGAAUGCCAAGUGCUCUGGCACACAGCAUCGCAUCUCAAACUGUUCUGGGUGCUGGGAAGUUAUUACGCGAAUCCGGGAAGCAUCCGGCUCAGCUCCGCUCUGAGGUCUGCACCCCAGGUGGAACCACCAUCUACGGGCUUCACACCCUGGAACAGGGCGGUUUGAGGGCGGCGACCAUGAGCGCGGUGGAAUCUGCCACCGAGAGAGCCAGGGAGCUCGGCCGAAAGUCAGCAGCAGGAUCCAGGAAAUGAUGGCUGCUCUUUGCCUUUUAGUAACUACUCAAUGGACUUAAUUCAAGCCUUACAACAAACUGACUUUUUUUGCUCAACUUCAUCAACACAAAGACAAAGCAGGACUUGUCACUUUUUUUAAAUUUAAUUUUCUCCCUUUAUUCUCCCUUAAAGGAGCAGUGUGUAGGAUUUAGUGGCAUCUAGCGGUGAGGUUGAACUGAAUAAUCGCCCGUUCACCCCUCCCUUUCCAAGCGUGUCGGAGAACCUACGGUGGCCUUCAGGUAACAUAAAAAUGCAAACGCCCUCUCUAGAGACGUAGUUUAGUUUGUCUGUUCUGGGCUACUGUAGAAACAUGGCGGUGCAACACAGCUAAUGUAGUUAUGAAGGGCUCACAAAAACAACGAUUCUUAGCUUCUGGUGAUUCUACACUAAUGAAAACAUAAUUACAAUUUCUUUCCCAUUUCUGCCAUUAAUCCCCCUAAAUCCUACACACUGGUGCAGCUUAUACUUCUUCCUUUUUAUGUCUUUGACCGGAGGGAUUUGUUGUGGGCAAAAAGGAAAUGUUGGCUAAAUCUGAAAAUUGUAAAAAAUUAUAAUUAAAGAAUACUCUUGGUUGUGCA